AUGGGACUCUUUGAUACAGCUCCAGAGCCUCCCACCGAGCUGGGCCGGCUGCAGGUUCUCUCGUCCUCAGCCGGAAUUCGAGUGUCGCCAUUGGCGCUGGGCGCCAUGUCGAUUGGCGAGAAGUGGGCAGCAGGAAUGGGUUCUAUGAACAAGGAGCAGUCAUUCAAGCUCCUUGAUGCCUUUGUCGAGGCCGGCGGCAACUUCAUCGAUACCGCCAAUAACUACCAGGAUGAGGAGAGUGAGACCUGGAUCGGUGAGUGGAUGAAGGAACGCAACAACCGCGAGCAGCUGGUAAUUGCUACAAAGUACACCAAUGACUACCGCGGCUGGCAGAUCGGCGAGGGUAAGGCGCCGAAUCACGCAGGAAACCACAGGCGAAGUCUGCACAUGUCUGUUCGGGAUUCUCUGAAGAAGCUGCAGACAGACUACAUUGACAUUCUAUAUGUUCACUGGUGGGACUUCUCAACUUCCCCGAAGGAGGUCAUCGACUCUCUUCAGAUUUUAGUGGAGCAAUCCAAGAUCAUGUAUCUGGGUAUCUCCGACACACCGGCUUGGUGGGUGGCGGCCGCGAACACAUACGCUAUCGACCACGGAAAGACGCCGUUCAGCAUCUACCAGGGCCGCUGGAACCUGAUGGUCCGGGAUUUCGAGAGAGAUAUCAUCCCAAUGGCUCGUCACUUUGGCAUGGCAUUGGCGCCCUGGGACGUUCUGGGAGGAGGCAAGUUCCAGAGCAAGAAGGCCCUUGAGGAGCGCAAGGCUCAGGGCGAAGGCCUCCGCAAUCUUGCGCGACCUGGCGAGCAGGCUGGACAGUCAGAGGAGGAAACUCGCAUCAGUGAGGCGUUGGCAAAGGUCGCGUCCGAGCACGGCAUCGAGUCUGUGACCGCAAUUGCCUUGGCCUAUGUGAUUUCCAAGGCGCCCCGAGUGUUCCCGAUCGUGGGUGGUCGCAAGGUCGAGCAUCUGAAGGACAAUAUUCAAGCGCUGAAUAUCAAGUUGACCGACGAUCAAAUCAAAUAUCUCGAGGGCGUGAAGUCAUUCGACGUUGGCUUCCCGAUGAACUUCCUCGGACCCGAUCCCAAUGUGACCGGAAAGAACACGCCAAGAUUAGCGAGAGCAACACAGCUAUCUUUCCCCGACCGCUCGAGAAGAUAA